AUGGGCUCCGGCAUUAACCUGAGCAAAAAGGCACAAAAGACUGCUAAAAAGUCGGCUAUCCCGACAACAACUAACAGGGAACGACCCCAGCACACCCCAGCACACCUCGGAUGCCGGCAAGAAGCACACCACAAGGUGGACGAGCAACGGAGGGCGAGACAGGCCUACACGCGGCAGAGCAUCCGGCCGAGACAACGCCACGCGGCAGGACGCCACAGAGAGGCGCAGCCCCGAAACAUUUCAGCGGGAGAGACGCUGCACAGAUGGUUCCCUUUGCACACCCGGCCCGGGGCACGGCCCUGCCCCCCCCCCCCGGCCGGUGGGGGUUAUCCCGGCCGCAUGGCGGUGACCUAUGCCACGGCGGGAAUUCCCGCGUGGGGUGUGCGCUGGCCGCCUACACUGGCAAAAGCUGCAUGUGAAGCAGCAAGCCAGCAGAAACUGUCAUUAACAUGGAGGGAGAGGAGAGCUAGAGUGUGGAGACACACAGACCCCGAAUGA